GAAACUUCGGCAGAUUUGAUGGGAACGAAGGACUUUGUCAAGGAAUAAGACAACAAAUGAACCGAGGAUAUAUAAGUCAAUUGAGGCAGGAGUCGACAAAAAACUUUAGAGUAUACUCGGAAAACGUACGACAUUUUAAAAGACGUCAACGUUACUCUGUAUACAUUGUUUGUAACCAAGGAGGAGCUACCGAUCACAGCUACGUUACAGAACCUUCAAACUACGGAGAACGUUGCAAUUAAGAGGAUAAGAAAAAUUCGGAAUACAAUCAACAAAUUCGGAUACGCCGACAUCAAAUCGACGCUGCCCUCGCGUUAUUACGUUCAAAGAAUCUCCGAAUAAUUCAAGCAAACGCCAAGUUCAAGUUCAAAUUCCAUGCUGAACAUUUAGUAACAAAAGGCCAACAUUUACAGUUCAAUAUCUAACAGCAUUAUGACUUUUCCAAUAAAGUGAUUCAAAACCCAAUAAAUUUCCGUUGCUCGAUUCACUUUGCACCAGCCCUCGCACAUCCUCAUAUCUUUGCUUUAUCUCAAGAUGUCAAAGACACUUUUAAAUUUGCAAGAAACGGGAGAAACAAAUUAAAAAGUUAAGUGUCCCGAUUUGAGAAAAUAAAAGAAACGAAUCGUUUAAAAGAAUUAGCAAACAUAGCAAAUAAUUAUAAGCGGAAGAAGUAGUUAUUUCAACGUUGGGAUUAUUGAUGCAGAGGCCCAAGUCCCGUUCAAGUUCCGCUAGUCAAAAAAUUUGGUCGGCCAGUGUUCGCGGCGACAGUGAGAAAAACAAACACUGACCGACCGACCGAGUUGGUCUAUUGUUAUUUAUUUCCAUGAGAAAGGCCAAUUGAGUUUGUUUUGUUUUGUCUAUGGAUUUGAAUCAACAUUGGGAAUUUUCGGAUAUAUAUAUAGUAGAUCCAUUAAACAAAAGACGAUAUACGUGUGAGCCAAGUUCACUUUCACUGAAGCGUCAAAACAAUAGAGUGCGGUUACUACGUUUGUAACGGGACCCUCGACACAUUACUGGUUAAAGAGUGGCUGUCCUCCUAAACUUUGGUUAGUUCAAGCGCGAAUUUCAAUCGGUAAACAACGACGACAUUUAAGGAGCGUUAAACAUGAACACCUUGGCUUUAGCGGCCUUUCUCCUGACGUCCACCUGUGUAGCUGUAGCCACCCCCCAGUUCUUGGGUGAUUGGGACUGGAAUCUGUUCGCCCAUUUCCCCGAUUAUUACACAGCUCUUUUUCCGGAAUCCAAGCAGCCGGAAUCGACUGAUCUUAUGUCGGCGGAGAAUCUGUUAACCCAAGGCGUCGAUCACUCUACCACGCUAGCUCUAGUGGGACUGGUAAUGUGUCUUAAGGAGACAAAAGCAAUAACAAAACGAUUAGAAGAGACCAUGGCGGCGUCUGUUGGAAAUUUGACGAAGGAGCUACUCGAAACAUCACAGCGCUUGGCGGAAACCAACGACAUUGUUGCAAACUUGAAGAAGGAAUUGAAUGAAACGAGAGCCAAUUUGAUCAAGGAAUCGAAGGAAUCGACAGCUCCUUCGCAGAGUCUGAACACCAAUACUACUACCAUUGGGAGUUCAAGGAAUGACUUGGCCGACAUAUCUCGUCGUGUGGACGAAACAACCACCACCGUUAGCCAUUUGACGAAAAAGUUGUCAGAAACAUUGCAGCGCUUAGACGACACGACGGACGUUGUUGAGAAUUUUAAGACUGAACUGACUGAAACGAGAGUCAACUUGACGCGGGAAUUGACAGCAAAUUCGCGGAAACUGCAAGAUGCCACCACAAGUUCAAAGAAUGAACUGACAAUCUUCUCACGCCGCUUAAAUGAAACGCAUGACACCGUUGGAAAUUUGUCAAAGAAAUGUACAGAAAUCUCGCAAAACACGUCAAAAAAUGCACAGCGCUUGGUGGACACAAAUGUCGUCGUAGGAAAAUUAAAGAAUGAAUUAGCCGGAACUUCGCAGCGCCUGGUGGAAACAAACGUCAUAGUCGUGACUUUGCAGAAGGAACUGUCCGACACUAUAAAGCAGGAAUCGGCCAAAGCUCUGAGCUGUUGCACCAAGUCAAAGGCGGAUUUGACCAAGGAACUGAAAGCGACCUCACAACGUUUGGAUCACACGGAGGACACGGUUAUGAAUUUGAAGGAGGAGAUGAACGAAACCGUCAAACGUUUAACCGAAACCAACAUGGCAGCAGGAAAUUUAAAAGACCCAAAUGAAAAACAAGCAGCGGCACUUCAACACUUUCUCGAAACUAACAUCAUCAUUGUCAGUUCGAAGAAGGAAUUGACUGAAAUGUCGCAACGUUUGACUGCAACAAAUGACGCCGUCGGAUAUCUGACAAAAGAGCUGCUCGUCACCAAGGCCAAAGUUGGAGCUUUGACUGCAGAGCUGAAAGUGAAUGGAGGACUAGCGUCCAGCAUAGGAAGAAUGCCGAAUUCAUGCAGAGAUUUACUGCAGAUAGGACACAGACAAAGCGGAUUGUAUUCCGUCAUGGGAGCCAAACAAGUCGAGACUCUUUACUGCGACUUUACCCAGACGCCAGGAGAUGAAGAUUUCCAGAGGUGGGUUGGCUUCAAUGACGUGAAAUCAAAACCCACUUACUUCCACGUCUCGAGAGCCUUGCCGUACAACGAGACGAUAACACCAAUUCCAUUCACACGAGCCAUACUCAACCAGGGAGGGGCCAUGAAUAAAGAAACGGGAAAAUUCACGGCUCCGGUGGCGGGUGUCUACUUUUUCUACUUCACCGGAACCGUAUUUUUGCCCACGGCGACAUCUUCAGCUUCUUCAACCAGACCGGAUUUUACAAUGUGCCUAUUCAAAAACUCAAAUUGCGUCGAGUGGCUGCUGGAGAGGCCAGACGAAAUCAGCACAGGGAAUCGACACGAAAGAAUCGCCUUGCAAUCGACCGUCAAUUUGAAACAGGGCGAUCAAAUCUGGCUGGCCAUUGGCAAGAAAAAGUCGCCAGGAGGUUACCUGGUCGGGGACGCUCUAACAAACUUCAAAGGUUUUCUAAUCCAAGAAGACAUUUCGCAGUCCCUACACGUCGUACCCUAAUUUCGAUUACCUCUCGCUUAUAUAAAAGAAGAAAAAUACACUUUUACCUGUCGUUAUCAAAGAUUGAAGCUGAAAUUGUCCAUUAAGGUCCUCCGCAUGUCCAGGAGAAGAAAGUGAAUCAACUGCAAUGAAA